GGGAGACCAGAUAUAGUGAAUGCAGAGUCCGGGGAGAACAGAUAUAGUGAAUGCAGGGUCUGGGGAGCCCGGAUAUAGUGAAUGCAGGGUCCUGGGAGACCGGAUAUAGUGAAUGCAGGGUCCAGGGGGAGACCAGAUAUAGUGAAUGCAGGGUCCGGGGGACAACAGAUAUAGUGAAUGCAGGGUCCGGGAGAACAGAUAUAGUGAAUGCAGGGUCUGGGAAGACCAGAUAUGGUGAAUGCAGGGUCUGGGGAGACCGGAUAUGAUAUAGUGAAUGCAGGGUCCAGGGAGACCGGAUAUAGUGAAUGCAGGAUCCGGGGAAACCAGAUAUAGUGAAUGCAGGGUCCGGGGAGACCAGAUAUAGUGAAUGCAGAGUCCGGGGAGAACAGAUAUAGUGAAUGCAGGGUCAGGGGAGACCGGAUAUAGUGAAUGCAGGGUCCUGGGAGACCGUAUAUAGUGAAUGCAGGGUGCGGGGAGACUGGAUAUAGUGAAUGCAGGGUCCGUGGAGACUGGAUAUAGUGAAUGCAGGGUCCUGGG